CUUGCAAUUGCAGAACUUUUAUUGUAUUUACAUAUUCACCAGGAUUUAAGUGUUAAGGGGCAGCAGAAUGACGUAUAAGUAGUUCGGUUGCCGUAAGCUAUAGGUUUCAAUCCAUACAACUUGUUUUGAUUUAUUGUCGUUGGAUAGCAGGAUUUGUCUGGUCCUUCCUUUUCUUCUUCAUGUAAGAUUCUGGCGCUACCCUGGUUUAUCACAACAGGACGAUAUCAACUAUAUGGACAUGAUGAAUGCGAAACGAUUUACACAUGGAUAAACGGAAUUCAACAUCACGAGUAGAUGCAUUAACAGAUCCUGGACAUUUCAGAUUUUCAGCAUGGAUUUUAACGAAUGAAUGAAAUACAAAAAAAAAUGCAUUGGCGCAUCCAAUUCUAAUAAUGGAUAUAAACUGCCCCAAUUUCGCUUUUUACAUUUUUUUUAGUCAAGAUGCAGUUCUUCGUCAAGUCACUCACCGGCAAGACCUUGGCCGUCAAUGCUGAGGCUGGUCAGAGCAUUAACAAUGUCAAGGCCAUGAUCCAGGAGCGUGAGGGUAUCGCUGCCGCUGCCCAGCGCCUCUCUUUCGCUGGCAAGACUCUCUCGUCCGAGACUCUCUUGGCCACCAUCCCUGCCAUGGCCACCUUGGACCUUAACAUCGACCUCUUGGGAGGUGCUAAGAAGCGUAAGAAAAAGACUUACACUACCCCCAAGAAGAUCAAGCACAAGAAGAGAAAGGUCAAAUUGGCUGUUCUCAAGUUCUACCAGGUUGACAACAACGGCAAGAUCACCCGUCUUCGCCGCGAGUGCCCCUCUGAGACCUGCGGUGCUGGUGUUUUCAUGGCCUGGCAUCAUGACCGUCAGUACUGCGGUCGCUGCGGUUUGACUUAUGUCUUUAAGAAGGAGGGCGAGACCGCUUAAUUAAAUGUCUACCGUUUCAGUAAUAAAAAUCCUUCUUUCAAAAGUACUAUUUGUAUAUACCCCUGUUUACUUCUGAAUGUAUUGAAAGGAUGUUACAAUGAGCUGAGCA